AUGCUUGCAGAGCUCAAGACUUUCUGGUCGCAGCAAGAGACUGGAGAGGAGUUCUCAGGGACAUUUCAGAAGGUGCAGGACCAGGUGGAAAAUCUCCAGCAAAAAUCUCUCAAGCAACCAACUGGAUAA